CUACAUGCCUCUGUGGUUUCCUCCCAAUGGGACACGAGAGGCCCCCUUGCUGGCUCCAGACCCCUCCCCGGCCAUCCCAGCACCAGAUUGUCUUUACCUUGCCCUUGGCGCUCUCCGUAAUUCUGUGCUGCACGGUCGGUACUUGGGUGUUUUCCCUCCCUACUCUUACUAUCUUGAGGAUGAAGACAGGGUUUCUUCCUUGCAGUCCUGGUGUUUGGCCUGUAGGAGGUAAACACAUCAUCCAUGGCCUUCUACCUGCAGCCAGCAUCGCACCAAAGCCAGCUGUGCCCCGCACACCUCCUCCCCGCAGCCCGAACCCUUCUCCAGAGAGACCAAGAUCUGCUCUGGCUGCUGUCAUCCUGACAACAACACUGACCGGCCGGACCGUUGCCAUUCCUCAACCUCGCCAGAGAUCCGUGUCUGAGAGUGACACGACCUGUGUUGAAAAGGACAGUUUCAUUGAGCCCUAUGCCACCACCUCAGAGCUGAGGCUUCAACCAAGUUGGCAGGAUGAGACAGGAAGAAGGACUUCUUUGCCAUCCUUUGAAAUGCUGGGCUACGCAGAGGACGAGGACACGGACACAAACCUGUCGUCCAGCGGCAAGGAGUCGGAGGAUGUCAGCCCUCACAAAGAAGGGGGAGGUCCCUGUGAUGCUGUGUAUGCCGUGCCCCACAGAAAUCAGUUGGGCAAACAUCUUCAUGUGAAGUGUGCACCCGCUCAGAAAUGGCCUAACAUGGAAAGCAAGUCUUGUUUUCAGCAGUUUUCUUAUUGGUGCCACCCAAAUGUUCCCCUAUCACAUGAGGUGGAUAGUGAAGAUGAGGACGAUAUUUCUGAGCACGAUGGGUUUCCAGGCUCGGCUCUUACAACACUGCGUACACAAGAAAAAGAUGAUAAGCAUUCUGUUCUGAAUUUAAAGAAUGAAAAACCACCAUUAUGUCAAAAGCCUCCACCCUCCCCAGAUAUAGCUGGUAGAACACGGCAAAGAUAUAUAGAAAUAACCAAAGAAAAGUUUGAAGAAUUAAAAGAAGAAAAUAUGCAGCUAAUCAAUGCAAAUCAAACCCUUACUCUUGAACUUAACAUAGUAAAACGAGCAAUGAAAGAACUACAAUUAAAACUGAAAAGAACGGAAAAAGAACAUCAAAAGUUGAAAGAGGCUGAGAAGACAUCCUCUCAGGAAGUAGUUACUGCACCUGAACUACUUUAUCUGAGAAAACAAGCUCAAGAACUGGUGGAUGAAAAUGAUGGGUUAAAGAUGACUGUCCAUCGUUUGAAUGUAGAACUGAGUCGAUACCAGACAAAAUUCAGGCAUUUGUCCAAGGAGGAGAUUUUAAAUAUCAAUGGCCUCCCAUCAGAGGGCCCAGCACCACCCUGGUUGUUGGAUGUAAAGUACCUGUCACCCUUGUUACUGGCGUAUGAAGACCGAAUGAAAGAGAAGGAUGAGCUCAAUGCCACCCUUCAGGAGGAAAUGAGGAUGUUCAGGAUGCGAGUCCAGGAAGUGGUGAAAGAAAACGAAGAAUUGCACCAAAAGUUAACUAAGAGUAGUCCUGUUACCAAUGAGGAAUGGUGUCAGCUACAGACUCAGGCAGAACUGGUUCUAGAGGAAAACAAAUUGUUGAUAGAGCAGCUGGAGAUUCAGCAACGAAAAGUCAAGAACACCCACCAGGAGCGUCUCCAGGAAGUUUCUAAAGUGACCAAACAACUAAUGCUUCUGGAGACUAAAACACAGAACCAAGAAAAAGAACUAACUGAAAAGAAGGAGCAAUUGGAAAGUUUACGUACCGAAUGCCAGAACCUAAAAACGCAGCUGGAUGGCAAGAUUGCAAUGAACGUUCACACUUCAAUUGUAAAUGAGUUAAAAAGCCGGUUGCAGAAGGAAGAGGAGAAAGGAGGUGCCGAGAUGGAAGAGUUGAUGGGAAAGUUGGCACUCCUGCAAGUGCAGAAACAGAGUCUGCUCUUAGAGAAGAACAAUCUGGCAGCUAAAAAUCAAGCACUGGAAGCUGAACUCAACAGGGCACAGAAAAUAAAUAGGAGAUCUCAAAAGAAAAUUGAUGUCCUCAAAAAGCAGGUGGAAAAAGCCAUGGAGAGCGAAAUGUCUGCUAACCAGUACCUGGCAAAUCUUGUUGGCCUGGCAGAGAAUAUAACCCAGGAACGCAACAAUCUCAUGUGUUUGGCUAAAUGUCUAGAAAGUGAGAAGCAUGGAGUUCUCAACAAAAUCAUAGAAGGCAAUAUUCGCUUGGGAAGGUUAAAGGAAAAAGUCAAGGGGUACAAGAAACAGGCGGCACUGAAAGUGGGUGACAUCAGUCACCGCCUGACAGAGCAGCAGGAAGACUUUGCCAGCAAGACAGCCCAGUACCAGCAAGAGAUGAGGCACCUCCAUCGGAUGCUGCAAGACAAGCAGGAUAUCCUAGACCAGGCCCUCCAGCAGAAGAGAGAAAUGGAAGGUGAGCUCGAGGUGGUUUGGCAGUCUACCUCCAAGGAAAACCAGAGAAUCCGCGAGCUGCUGCAGGUCGCGCUGGAGAGGCCGGGUGUGUGGGACAGCACCGGGGGGACACCCUGGGCCACAGCCCCAACCACGGUGACGUGAAGCCAUAGCCCGUGCAGGGACCGGUGACCAGGACCCCCCGCCCAGAGCCCUGCUUUUACCCAGGACCCAGAGGUGCACAGGGAGGGCAAACCCCCGCCUCCCGCCGCAGCGUCUCCCCUCCUGGGGGCACCAGAGAAGUAAAGUUCUCAGAAAUGUGA